AUGCAGCCCAAAAUGCCGUACGCACGAGGCCCACUAGCUUUUACGCAAAGAAUACCUACGCCACUCGCGGUGCUUAUUGGCAUCUUCAUCGGCGCUAUGCUCAUGCGGCUAUUCGGCUUCUCGUCGAGCUCGCUACCCAGCAGCGCAUCCACCUGGAAAGGAAGCCAUCUACCAUCGUAUGCCACAGGCGGUGGCGCUAGCUCGAGACACACUGUUCCCCUUCCAUCCCAGGACCAACGUCGACGAGUACUUGAUCUCUUAACCACGCUGUCGCCGCAUUACACGCGUGAAUGUACACGACCUGCCAACCCCCUCUACGCACAGCAAGUGCGCGAGCGAUAUGCACCACUCAUCGGGCAUAAUCCGUCUUCCUCCAAGUCCUGGCUCAGUGGCCUUGGUCUCGGAGGCUUGGACGCUAUGCCUGGACCUAGUCAGGAGGAAGUCAACUACUAUCAGCACAGGCGAGACCUAUCUGGCGGAGAGCACAAAUACUUCUUUGCAAUCAACUUGUACAAUUCAUUCGACAUCAUUCCGGAUCUUUUCGCCACGCUCUUCCGCGUUGGUGCAGUACUGGGGUAUCACAACGUCUUUGUCUCGAUCUACGAAAACGGCUCCUCAGAUCAGACCAAGGCACUACUGCGCGUCUUUGACGCACUCACGCGAAGCGUCGGCAUGCGCUUCGUUAUCCGCACGUCUCAACGAACGCGCGGAGCGUUCAAUCAUCGUAUCGAAUAUCUCGCCGAAGUUCGCAACUCGGCGUUCGUGCCCCUGCACGAACUGCGUGACGCGGAGAACGAGUACUUCGACACCAUCAUCUUCAUGAACGACGUCUUGCCCUGCGUCGAUGAUCUGCUUGAACUCAUCUGGCAAAGCCGCCAUAACAACGCUGGUAUCACCUGCGCGGCAGACUACAUGUUCCACGACGAACUUGGUGCACCCGUAUUCUACGACAACUGGGUAGCGCGCGACAUCAACGGCACGGCUCUUGAGAACGCGCCCUUCGAGCAGGUCUUCCAUCAUUCAGACUCUGCCGAGCGCUUCCAGCGCCAUCUCCCAAUUCAGGUCCAGUCGUGCUGGAACGGUAUCGCCGUUAUGGAUCCUGAACCCUUCUAUACGCCACCGAGCGUCAGGUUUCGUAUGGCGCGGAUUGCCGAUGGAGAAUGUUCGGCAUCUGAGUGUUCACUCAUCUGUAACGAUUACUGGGAGAAGGGCUUUGGGCGCAUUCUUAUGGUACCUCGCGUCAAGCUCGCGUACGACUCGAAAGUCUUCGAUAUCAUACACCCGUCGCGGCGCAACUUAACCUCCAUACGCGGAUACGUGCGCUUGGGAGGCCUUCCCGAUAAUCCGCGAACAGAUCCCCAAGACCGGUCGUGGUUCGGGCCGCACGACCGCUUAUUCACCGAAGAGGAAUCCGAAGCUUUGAGCUUCGUGCCGGGACCGGAGCAUGUCUGGUGUUGGGGAUGGGAUGGCGCUGGUGAUCUGGACGGACCAGACGUCGAUCCUAUUUGGGAGCCUGUCUCGCGCCAGUCAGUGGGACCUGACCCUGUGCAGAUUCGCCACAGGCGAGACUUCAAGGUAUAG